ACCGCCAACCGCGCCCCCUCUCCUGUCAACCCUGUUUAUCAACUUCCCAAUCUUUUUAAAAACGAUGGAUGCAACAAACAAAAUAUACGUAAAAUGGAGCGGCAAAGAAUACGAAAUCGAACUAACCGAAAACGACACCGUCACCGAUUUAAAAAACGCUAUAGAAAAACAAACUGGAGUGCGUCCGGAGCGGCAGAAGCUGCUUAACCUCAAACUAAAAGGUAAAACGCCAGACGACGAAUGCAAAAUCGGACAACUUAAGCUCAAAUCCGGUUUCAAAAUCAUGAUGAUGGGUUCAUUGGAGGAAGACAUCGUCGAAGCCAACACGGCCCCCGUCGAUUUACCAGAAGUUGUGAACGAUUUAGAUAUAGAAGAUGAAGAAGUAGCGAUAGAAAACCAGGAAGUGUAUUUGGCGAAAAUCGAGAAGAGAAUUAAAGAAUACAAGAUAAACGUUCUGAAUGAACCUCGACCGGACAAAAAGUUGUUGGUGUUAGAUAUUGAUUAUACGCUGUUUGAUCACAGAUCAACCGCACAGACGGGAGCUGAGUUGAUGAGGCCUUAUUUGCACGAGUUUCUCACGUCGGCGUACGACGACUACGAUAUUGUGAUUUGGUCGGCCACUGGCAUGAAGUGGAUUGAAGAAAAAAUGAAGUUGUUGGGAGUCUCCACGAACACGAAUUACAAAAUUGCGUUUUAUUUGGACUCGUGGGCGAUGAUCUCGGUACACACGCCCAAGUAUGGCGUCAUGGAUGUGAAACCCCUGGGCGUAAUUUGGGGCAAGUUUGAGCAGUACAACGCCAAGAAUACCAUCAUGUUCGACGACAUUCGGCGGAAUUUCAUAAUGAAUCCGAAAAACGGGCUCAGGAUUCGCCCCUUCCGUCAGGCUCACCUAAACAGAGACAAAGACAAUGAACUUCUUAAGUUGUCGAAGUAUCUGAAAGACUUGGCCGAGAAUUGUGUGGAUUUUUCGUCGGUGAACCACCGGCACUGGGAGAAGUACAAACCGAAGAAAAGACGCUCCCAGAGGCAAUAAACAAUAAAUUAUAAAAAUCUCAAUAAAGUUACUUCUUAUUA